CUCCCAUGCUUGAUUUGCUCCACCAGACAUAUUUGUCUCCCCGAGAUAUGGAAAAAUCAAAUCCAUUUUAAUCUCGAAUUCCAACGAAAUUUCGCGUCCGCUUUCUUCACACAUCCCUAAACCCUGCUUCCUUCCUCUGCACUCUUGCCCUUUCUUCUCGAAGUCCAAAUCCAAAUCCAAAAUCCCACUUCAAAAUCCAUUUUCAAUCGACCGAUCAUCUGCUUUUCACUCUCUUUCCGAUUCCAGAAUCCGAGAAAAUCCAAUUGCUGAUCAUAAAUGAAAGUCCCCUGUGCCUCUGGUAGUUUGAGGGGGAGUUCUGGUAACGACGACAAGGUCUGGCCGCCGGGGUUUCGGUUCCACCCAACUGAUGAGGAGCUCAUACUUUACUAUUUGAAGAGGAAGAUCUGUGGGAGAAAAAUCAAGCUCGAUAUCAUCGCCGAUACCGACGUCUACAAGUGGGACCCCGAAGAAUUGCCUGGACUUUCUAAACUAAAAACUGGUGAUAGACAAUGGUUUUUUUUCAGUCCAAGAGAUCGGAAGUACCCGAAUGGGGCAAGAUCAAAUAGGGCAACCAGGCUUGGGUACUGGAAAGCUACUGGGAAGGAUCGUACUGUGUCAUGUAAUUCUCGUGAUGUUGGAGUAAAGAAGACAUUGGUUUUCUAUAAAGGUCGUGCCCCUAAUGGUGAGCGUACUGACUGGGUAAUGCAUGAAUACACCUUGGACGAGGAGGAGCUGAGCAGAUGCACAAAUGUGCAGAAUUAUUACGCUAUUUAUAAGGUCUUCAAAAAAAGUGGACCUGGUCCAAAAAAUGGCGAGCAGUACGGAGCGCCAUUUAUAGAAGAAGACUGGGCCGAUGAUGAAUUCUGUGAUUUUACUGAUGAUCGAGAGAUACCUGCUGAGAAACCGAAUACAGAUACUAUCAUUGAGGGGGAGACUUGUGAAGCAGCCCUUUUUACAUUAGACGAUCUUGACAAGUUGAUGAAACAAAUUUCCGAUGAGGCUAUCCCUGAGUUUCCAGAAGCUGAUUCUUGUGCUAUCUCCUUACACCAGGUUGGUGUUCAAGAUGAAUCUGUAAGUACUGUGGUAGAUCUACAUUCCGGGGAUCAUAUCCUUCCAAGAUCAGCUGAAGUGUCUUGUACCGAGAGGCAGCCGUGUAAUGUGCCUGGAAGUUUCGACCUCACCAAGUCGGAUGUCUCUCAACUUCAACCAUUCAAGUCACCUGAGGCUGCAUCUGCCCCCAACUUUUCUGAACUAGCUAGUAUUCUAUUUGACGAAGAUUUUCUGGAAAUAGAUGAUCUUGGUGGCCCUGAAUUUACUCUACCAAGCACCAGAAAACCAUCCGGGACCUUGCCAUUUGAAGAGUUAAAUAGUUCGUACGAGCUUGAUCAGUUCUGUGAUGCGGCCCUGUUUCUUAAUGAUCUGGAGCGAUUCGAGUGUGGAACUGUUAAUAAUUUAUACCAGAAUGAAAAUGUGGCAAACCCCUUGGAUGGUCAGUUCCAAUCUUAUCCAGAUUCUGCAAUUGCAAAUGUGGCAAACACCUUGGAUGGUCAGUUCCAAUCUUAUCCAGAUUCUGCAAUUGCAAGCCAGAACGACAAUCAAAUGCCGAUGCCUGAUCCGGCCAUUAACGGCUUUGCUUUCUCAGAAUCACUACCAACUUCAGGUGUAUUGUGUGACCCUUCAAAUUUUGCUGCUGAAACAAACCAAAAUCAAGCCCGGGAAGAUGGGGGUUCUGCUAGUCGCGUCUCUUCCGCUCUCUGGGCCUUUGUUGAAACUAUACCAACUACCCCAGCUUCAGCUGCGGAGAAUGGUCUGGUUAAUCGGACAUUUGAUCGAGUGUCUAGCUUCGGUAGGAGGAGAAUAAGUAUGAAAAGCACAACGGUUUCUCCAGUCGAUUCUUCUACUCUUAUGAGUAGGAGAACUAGAAGCAGGAGCAAGAAGGGUGGGUUUUUUCUCUUCUCUGUUCUUGGAGCAUUAUGUGCCAUCUUAUGGGUAUUUAUAGGAGCUAUUAGACUCUGGGAAAGAUGCAUCUCAUCCUUAUAAUCUGGAAAUGGCAUUUUUAACUUUGUAAAAGGAAAAAAUGAAAAAAAAAGGAAAAAAUGAAAAAAAAGGAAAAAAAAACGAAAAGAAAAGAAAAAUUGGAAAAAAGUUUGAAAAGAAUGGAGAAGAAUAGUGUUCUGACUAAUUUUGGAUGUAAAUAGUGUAGUUUUGUUUAGUAGUAACAGUUCAUAAUGCAAGAUUACGACUAUGACAACGAUCGUUGUGGUUUUGAAUGUUAUCAUUUUUAUUCCUUGUAA